AGACCUGAGGAAUCAAGAGAACCAUGGCAAGAGGGAUGGUGCAGUCCACCUGUGAGGUGCGGAUGAGUGAAGGACAAUUGUUACACAUGCAAUAACAAAUCAAAAACCCACAUCAGCUCUGGAGGAAAAACCAAGGUUUAAUUCUUUUCUUUCUGCACCAGAUCCUGAGAGAAACAAGUAAGGAGUGAUUGAUCGUUGAUGGGUCUGCCCUGGAUUUGCUACUGAUUAAUUGGGUGCUUUGCUCUGGAGUCUGCCUCACUCAUUCACCCCUAGUCAGGCGAGAAAGAGAAAGAAAGAUGGAAUAUUCAGGGCAAAAGUUUGAUGUAAUUGUGAUUGGAGGUGGCGUCAUGGGCAGCUCCACCGCCUACCAUGUUGCCAAGAGGGGGUACACCACGCUCUUGCUCGAGCAAUUCGACUUCUUGCACCACAGGGGAUCCUCACACGGCGAGUCCCGAACCAUACGCGCAACCUACCCUGAAAACUACUACUUUGGCAUGGUCGUGGAGGCUGCAAAACUAUGGGAGCAAGUUCAGUCUGAAGUUGGCUAUAAGGUCUAUUACAAAACCCCACAAUUUGACAUGGGGCCAUCAGAUGACAAGAGUCUACGUUGUGUCAUUGCCAACUGUGAAUCCUAUUCCAUGCCUUGUCGAGUUCUUGACCCCGCCCAAGUCUCCGACCACUUCUCAGGGAAGAUGGCUAUCCCGGAGAAUUGGAUUGGGGUGUUGACUGAGCUAGGUGGUGUGAUUAAGCCUACCAAAGCUGUGUCCAUGUUCCAAACACUGGCUCUCCAGAAUGGUGCUGUUCUUAUGGACAACAUGGAAGUGAAAGAUAUAAAAAAGGAUGAUGGUGGAGGCAUUGUGGUACAUACUAGCAAUGGGGCUAAGUUUUGUGGGAACAAAUGUGUUGUAACUGUUGGGGCUUGGAUGAAGAAGCUAGUUAAGACCGUUAGUGGGCCGUUGCUGCCCGUACAGCCCAUAGAAACCACCGUUUGUUAUUGGAAAAUCAAAGAUGGGCACCAUGGAGAGUUCACGAUUGAGAGUGGGUUUCCAACGUUUGCAAGUUACGGGGAGCCUUAUAUCUAUGGCACGCCAUCUUUGGAGUUCCCGGGGUUGAUAAAGGUCGCAGUGCACGGAGGGCAUUCGUGUGAUCCAGACAAGAGGACAUGGGGUCCUCCGGCCUCGUUGGAAUCGUUGAAGCAAUGGAUUGAAGGGAGAUUCUCGGGGUUGAUCGAGUGUACGGGGCCAGUAGCGAUACAAUCAUGUAUGUAUUCGAUGACCCCGGAUGAGGACUUCGUCAUCGAUUUCUUGGGUGGGGAGUUGGGGAAGGAUGUAGCAGUUGCAGGAGGGUUUUCGGGGCAUGGAUUCAAGAUGGCGCCGCUGGUGGGGAGGACACUGGCAGAGAUGGUGCUUGACGGGGAGGCAAAGGGUGUGGAGCUAAAGCACUUCAGGCUGGCAAGGUUUGAAGGGAACCCUAAAGGGAAUGUUAAAGAGUUCGAAGAUCAAGUUAGCCAUUGUAAGCAUAGGGAGUGAUUUGCUUAUUCUGUGUCCAUUUUCCAUCUUUUUUCUUUUGAUUAUGUCACAAGUCACAACUAGUGUUAGUCAUUCAGAUACGUCUCUCUCUCUAUCUAUCUGGCAUUCCAUCGAAUACCUACUGUGGAUCGCAUUUGCUUUGCAUGGAGGGGGUGGUGCCAAGUGCCAACUCAAAAGGUUGGAAAUCACAUGGUAGCAGCUUUUUUACAAGGUUGUCAGGAUGCGUAGUGAUUGUCUGUC